CCCCGGUGAGACAGAGGGCUUUUCAAAACCUGGAAUGAACCCGAACAGACCUGCAGCUAGCCGUGGAUCCCUCUCACAUUUACCCCAGUGAUGUCAUUCAAAAAUCUAACGCGCUCCUUAUAAUGGAUGUAUCUGCUGUCGGUGCGUUGCGCGGAUCUUUUGAAGAGCUCUUCAGCACUCAGUCAGCCGGAUCAGGUUUUUGAUAAAUGUGAGGUGAAAUAACUCCGAGGUGGGGGUUUUCUAUCAGAGACUUGUUGCUGUGGAUGGACAGGUCAGGAGUGCAUAUAUGCAACACUGUGGGAGCUCGGUUGGAUUUAUUUGCCGCAUCCUCCUGAGAUUUAUGUGCCUCAAGAAUCCGUCUCUUCAUCGGAUGAAAUAAAAAGGAGAAUGUAUGGAAUAAACCAGCGCUGCGUUUACAUAUCAUUUCAUUUUUUCGUGCUGUGGUGCCACGCUCAGGGGGAGAAUCACCCGUCUCCUAAUUUUAACCAGUAUGUGAGGACGCAGGGCGCAGUGACGGACCAGCUCAGCCGCAGACAGGUCAGGGUUUACCAGCUCUACAGCCGCACCAGCGGGAAACACGUCCAGAUUCAGGGCAAAAGGGUCACCGCCACAGCUGAGGAUGGAAAUAUGUACGCUCGUCUUUUUGUCGAGACAGAUACCUUUGGCAGUCGAGUGAGAAUUAAAGGUGCGGAAAGUGGACGCUACCUCUGCAUGAACCGGAAGGGGAAACUUGUUGGAAAGCCCAAUGGCCGGAGCAGGGAUUGUAUCUUUACAGAGAUCGUACUGGAGAACAAUUACACCGCCUUCCAGAAUGCCAAGUAUGAGGGCUGGUAUGUGGCUUUUACCAGGAAAGGGAGGCCCAUCAAAGCCUCCAGGACGAGGGAGAACCAGAGGGAGGUCCAUUUCAUCAAGAGGCUACACACGGGCCCGCCUCCCUUCCCCAACACGGACCAAAGCAAACACUUUGAGUUCAUCCGAUUUCCGGCCAUACGUCGAGCGAAGCGGAACAGGAAAUCACAUACCUCUUCCUAACACGCAGCAAAAGAAAUGGACUGAUGACAGUUGUGAUUUAGGAAGAAACAAAUGCAAUUUUAUUUUUGUAUA